AAUAUGACACAAUCGAGCCUGCGUUGUCUAACUCCUAAGCAGUUGGUAGGUGCAGCUCAGACAAGGGUUGCCGCGGGUUUUCAAAUCAGGCCAAUAGGAUCGUCCGGUUUCAUCAGCCAAUGGAAAGGCAGGGCUUGCAUAUAAAAAGGAGGUAGGCUGAAGCGGUUACAGCAGUUUACUGUUCUCGGCUCUCCAGCACUAGAAGACAGCAAGCGACUAGUUAUGGCCCGCACAAAGCAGACGGCGCGUAAGUCGACGGGCGGGAAGGCGCCCCGCAAGCAGUUGGCCACCAAGGCGGCCCGCAAGAGCGCGCCGGCCACGGGCGGCGUGAAGAAGCCGCACCGCUACCGGCCCGGCACGGUGGCGCUGCGCGAGAUCCGGCGCUACCAGAAGUCCACGGAGCUGCUGAUCCGCAAGCUGCCCUUCCAGCGCCUGGUGCGCGAGAUCGCGCAGGACUUCAAGACCGACCUGCGCUUCCAGAGCUCGGCCGUGAUGGCGCUGCAGGAGGCGAGCGAGGCCUACCUGGUGGGGCUCUUCGAGGACACCAACCUCUGUGCCAUCCACGCCAAGCGCGUCACCAUCAUGCCCAAGGACAUCCAGCUGGCCCGUCGCAUCCGCGGCGAGCGCGCCUGAGCCUCGUGCGCUGCCACACCACCAAACCCAAAGGCUCUUUUAAGAG